AUGAAGAUCAAGAAGGUUCUGCUGACCAUACUGGACAUGAAGACGGUUAUAAUGUCCAUCUUGACCCCAAUUCUUCUUCUGCCCAUUCUCUACGAAGUCGAGGGGGAUGCCGGAAGAUGUGGGUAUGGCGUAGGUAUCGUUAUUGUGUUCUGGGCGUUUGAAAUUUUACCUCUUGGCGUAACGGCAUUGCUUCCCAUCCUACUGUUUCCGGUUUUGGGUGUGCUGACAACAGGUCAAGUUAGUGGCGAGUACAUCAAGAGCCCAUCCGUUACGCUUAUUGGGAUAUUUGGCAUUAUUGCUGCCGUUGAGCGCUGGGGUCUUCACAAUCGGAUAGCGCUGGGAAUCCUUAAACUUUUCGGAACAAAGCCACAUUGGUUGAUACUGGGCAUGAUGGUUUGUACUGCUGUACUGUCCAUUUUCAUAACGGCUGGGGUGACUGUUCUCAUGAUUCCAAUUGUACGCAGUGUUGUUGACAGACUGGAAGGCGUCCAAUCUACCAGAGAAAGGAAGACGGAGGAAAAUGAAAACAGCGAAGACGAGGAGAAUGAUUCGGGUGCAACUAUUACGGACAGUGAGCAUCAGGACGAGGUCAAACGGUUGUACAAGGCGUUUAGUCUCUGCAUUUCUCACGGCACUUCGAUUGGCUCCACAACCAUAUUAACGGGACACCCGUCUAACUUUGUCUCUCUGGCGCUGAUCGAGCAAGGUCUUUGCCGGAGGUCCAGAAUGACCGCUGAGAUGGAAAAUGCAGAAAAACGAUUAAAGGAGUAUCUCAGGGACGAGUAUAAAAAGUUGGGUUCAGUCACUUAUCCAGAAAUCCUCGUGAUGAUUAUGAUGCUGUCCAUGAUGAUUCUCUUCAUCACAGAAGAUUUGUACUUUACCAAAGGCUGGGACUCGUGGUUUAAACCUGGGUUUGUUGGCGCGGCGGGACCAGCCAUAUUAAUACUGACUCUGAUGUUCAUUAUUCCCGCUAAAUCGCCAUUGGAACUUCUGCGACGUAAAGGCAAAGACAAGAGCAAUAAUCGGUUUGCACCAUUACUGUCUUGGUCGGACGUUAACAAGAGUCUGCCUUGGUAUAUAAUACUAUUGAUCGGGGCGGGGUUUGCUGUGACGAAAGCCUGUGAGGUCUCUGGACUCAUGGACCUUGUCCAAGAAACCUUUAGUGAAAUAUUCAGUGGCAUGGAACUCUGGGUGUUGACCCUGGUUGUGACUACUAUUGUCAUUUUCCUCACGGAAAUCAUAAGCAGUACUGCCACACUUGUUACAUUGUUGCCGAUAGUAUCCGAAUUGGCUAUACAAGCUGGUCAUGAUCCUCUAGCUCUGGCCUUCCCGAUGGCAAUAUCGACAAACUUUGCAUUCAUGAUGCCAAUUUCGACACCACCCAAUGCAAUCGCUUAUUCUUUGGGAUCUUUGAAGAUAAAAGACAUGGUAGGUAUUCUGAUGAAAGCUCGACCCUCUGAUGUGCCGUUAAGAGGGCGUGGUAUCCUUGGGCUCUGAACAUAUCCGAGGA